AGAGUGACAACGAAGUGCGUCAGUGACUCUCCGGAAAACUUCUUCCCCAUCUACGUUCAUUUGUGUUUGUUCCGGUGUUCAGAAGCACCUGGGCAGUAGCGGAAAGAGUGGGGACUCUCCAUUCGCACAACGAAGAAUUCCUCCGAGUCAGCUGACAGCGACAAGGAUUUCCACCUCCGUAACCCGAAACCCUCAUAGUGUGAAAGGGGAGCCCACCGGGACCCGAAACCGAUGUCGACAGCCAUGGAUACGGGAGAUUCGAGCGGGGAGAUGUCGUCGGCGUCGAGCGUCGACUUCGACGAUCCCAUGGAUUGGAAAGUCGCUGCAGUACAUGGGGUCGACUCCGAAACGAAAACAUCUUCUCUCACUUAUCGGCCACGCCGUUUCAUUGCGAAGGGCAAUUUCGGUUACAUAACGCGAAUCCUGACGUCUGAGAGGGAAACUUUCGCAUUGAAGCAAAUCGACUUGAGGACUCGAGCCGCAAUGCAAGAGAUAAAUAUCAUGCUGCUCCUGAAGCACCCGAAUCUAGUGAGAAUCAAGUACUAUUACAAAGAGCGUUUCACUAAAAACCACAUCCGAGUCUUCAUCAUAAUGGAGUUCCUUCCCAGAUCGCUCGUGGAGCACAUAAUCCGCCGCCACGAAAAACAGCUGAUGCUCAUGCACGAGGAAAUCGCUUCGAUCAUGUUCCAAAUUCUCCGGGGCCUCGAGCACAUGCAUAGACGGAACAUCGCUCACCGUGAUAUCAAACCGCACAACGUCCUUAUCGACGUGCACCAACAAAUAGUGAAAAUUUGUGAUUUCGGUUCCGCGAAGAACAUCAAGGACCCGAAAAGCCCCAAUCUGACGUACGUGUGCUCUCGGUGGUACAGAGCCCCGGAGCUGCUUCAGCAGAACGCCGAGUAUACAACAAAAGUGGACAUAUGGUCGUGUGGCUGCGUCCUGGGCGAACUCGUCCUGCUAAGGCCCAUGUUCCGCGGGGCCGACACCGUGGAUCAGUGGGCGUGCAUCAGGGACAUCCUAGGAUCUCCCUCAGCCGAAGAAGCUAAGGAGAUUGGCAUGCGACCGGGCGUGAACGACCACCAAGUGCAGAGGAAAAAUCUCAGCGAUAUUUUCGGGGAUAGAGCCCCCCAAGCCGUGAUUGAUCUUUUCGAGAAAUUGCUCAAGUAUGCUCAUCGUUCCCGGCCGACUGCUUGGAGCGCACUGGCUCAUCCUGCUUUCAAUGUUCUCAAGAAUCACGAAUUCCGCUCUUCUUACCCACACUUGUUCAACUUCACCGACGAGGAGCUCACUUACGAGCCCGACAUCAAUCAGCCGUUCCAGGCGGAAAUCUAGGUCUUUGACUCGCCGUCGAGUCUGUUUACCGAUGAACAGUCUACUCGGAUAAAGCAGCUCGAUGCGAGCAAGGAAAUCUUUUGUGGAAACAAUGUUCUUCUUCUGAGUUCCUAGAUAGAGAUCGAUGCGGAGAGCGUAACCAAUGUACCUUUGAACGAUUGUGGCAUCCGCGUGGAAAGACGAUUCUUUAACCAUUUGGCCACGCCUUUGAAGUUGGCUAGUCCUCCACCAACGAUGAGAAUGUUCGACAGCAUUUUCCUUUUAACGUCCUCGUUCUCGCACCGGUCGACAGACUGCAGCAAGACGACGUCGAUUCCGAGU